AUGGUUCCUCACGCGCUUCUCAUUCCUUUUCCUGCACAGGGUCACAUUAAUCCCAUGAUGCAACUUGCCUGGAAGCUCGUCUCCCAUGGUUUCUUCCUCACUUUCCUCAACUCUGACAGUAAUCAUAACAGCAUACUCAAAGCCAACGCUCCAAAUUCUUUGCAUGAUAACAUCCGAAUGAUAUCCGUUCCCUUUGAAUUCCCAGUUAUGGAUACUCUGGAAGGCGUUGGAAAUGGCAUGGACGCAGUGGAAAAGUGCAUGGGGCCUUCUGUUAUUGAUAGAGUAAUUCAGGAAAUAAAUGCCAGGGAAGAGGAAAACAAGCUCAGCUGUAUAAUUGCAGACGCCUGGAUGUCCUUUGGUUUACACCCGCUAGCCACGCUUCACAAAGUUCCCCUCGCCGUUUUCCACACUGCUCCCGUUUCAAUCUUCGCCAUUCACUACUUCAUUAGCCAUAUGGUCUCACUUGGUGUCGUUUCAUCCGAUGGAAUUCCAAAGCAAGAUCAAAAAACAAAAUAUCUUCCCUCCAUGCCGCCGCUGCGUUCUGGAGAUCUUCCGUGGUUGUGGGGAGGCGAAUACUUUUUUCGUAAAGGUACUCGCAUGGCACAAGAAAUCAGGCACAUUAAAUGGAUCCUCUUCAAUUCUUUCUUAGAGAUCGAAGCUCCAGUAGUCGAAACGUUGUCCAAAGAAGUGGGCGUGUAUCCAAUAGGCCCUCUAAUUCCUCCUGAGUUUCUCCAUAGUACGGCGAGCACGAAGGUCCUGCCAAGCUUACGGAAACAUGAGACUGAAUGCUUACAAUGGCUAGAUAAACAGUGUACCCACUCUGUAAUCUACAUAUCCUUUGGAAGUACUGGAAUUAUGAGUGAAAAGCAAGUGGAAGAGCUUGCGCUGGGAUUAGAUGCCACACAGAGACCAUUUCUGUGGAUUGAGUUUUUUAUAUAG